GUUAUUACCUGUGAAUUGUGUUGACUUGAAAAACACCUGACUUCCAAUGAAGGACAGAAGGCAACUUUACAGGGAGGACCAUCAUGGAGGACCAGGGGGGUAAAGGUCCAAGUAGGAAUACUGGACUAAAAAGACUGCUCACAAUGAAUCCUUCCUGUCUUCCAAAGAAGAUUCUGUCCUGGUUUCAGUUCCUGCUCCUACUGAGUAUGGCGUUAUUAUUCCUGUGUUACAUCCACUCCAUUCCUUCCUCACCAUGGUGGGAGAAGUCUCUACUCCAUCAGCACUACCAAAAGCUGAUAAACCAGAGCUAUCAAAGCAAGCUCCCUCCCCCUUUCCGGGUCGAUCCAAAUCAUCUUGCUAAAGCAGACGAACUUCCUGAGACCACCUCCAGCACAUACACAACAUUGACAGCACGUACUCUGUACCACCAGGACUAUGAUCCAAAUCAUCUAGCUAAAGCAGACAAACUUCCUGAGACCACCUCCAGCACAAACACAACAUUGACAGCACGUACUCUGUACCACCAGGUCUAUGAUCCAAAUCAUCUCACUAAAGCAGACAAACUUCCUGAGACCACCUCCAGCACAUACACAACAUUGACAGCACGUACUCUGUACCACCAGGUCUAUGAUCCAAAUCAUCUCACUAAAGCAGACAAACUUCCUGAGACCACCUCCAGCACAUACACAACAUUGACAGCACGUACUCUGUACCACCAGGCCUACGCGCCAAACUAUCGAUUCAUCAUGGAUGUUGGUGACGUGUGUAAAAACAACACACCCUUUCUGGUGCUCAUGGUUCCCGUGGAGCCCGGAAACAAGGAAGCCCGGGAGGCCAUCCGCCUCACUUGGGGCAAAGAGAAGUCAGUCCAAGGCGAGACGAUCUUGACUCUCUUCAUGCUGGGCCUGGCUGGAGGUGCGGAACAGCAGCAGAAAGUGAUUCAGGAGAACAAGCUGCACCAUGACCUGAUACAGAGCAACUUUGUAGACUCUUACCUCAACUUGACCAUCAAGACAAUGGUUAUCAUGGAGUGGUUGGCCACGCGCUGCCCGACGGCCGCCUACGCCAUGAAGGUGGACUCGGACAUGUUCCUUAACAUCGACAACCUGGUGUUGAUGCUGCAGAAGCCGGGCAUCCCCAAAACUAACUACCUGACUGGGAGGAUUAUGUGGGACAUUCCGGUCAUCCGUGUAAAGAGCUCCAAAUGGUAUGUCCCUGAGGAGAUGUACCCCGAUCCCAAAUACCCCACAUACACUCUGGGAAUGGGUUAUGUAUUUUCAAACGAUCUCCCGCCAAAGUUUGUUGCAAUCUCCAAAACCAUUCGGCCGUUCAACAUCGAGGACGCAUACAUCGGAAUGUGCAUGAACCAGCUGGGACUGGUGCCUAUACCGCCGCCCGAUGCAUCACAAUUUCAGGCUUAUAACACUGAAUACAAUCGCUGCGAAUACUCCAGGAUCAUCACCUACAUCCUGCAGUCCCCUCAUGAGCUGAUCAACUACUGGAUGGACCUUUGGAAAAAGCCAGGACCGCCUUGUUGAAGCACCAAGAAGACUGAAGUAAAUAUACACUGAGCACAAACAAGCACUUCCACACCUUCACACGGUUUAGCGCAUGUGUAGUAUAUCUGCGACAAUUAUUUCCAACACAACAGGGAAGGAGAUCCGAGUCUCGAGUGUUUUCGUAGCUUCACGCCUCUGUGUCCUGAUACUGAAUACUCUUUCACACAACAAGAGUUAUGGCUAAGGUGUCCAAAGUGCAGCACGGGGGACAAAACAAACACGUCUCAGAUUAGAAUAUUACGCAGGAAAAAACCCAAAAUGACCCAAAUCCCACCAAAAAUGGACCCUGCAUUUUCUAUAUAUGGUCCUUGAUGAUUUCAUAUGUUGUUUCCUGGGCUCUGUGUAAGUGUUGGCUGAUGAUAAUGUACACGUUAGGGUUGUCCCAAUAGCAAUAUUUCAGUACCGGUACCAAAAUGUAUUUCAAUACUUUUCUAAAAAAAAAGGGCACCACAAAUGGCAUAGCUAGCUUUAUUUUAACAAAAAAAUAUAUAUAAUUUUGUAAUUGCAAUCAAAGAACAAUUUUUGCAUUAGAUAGUAAAGAUACUAGAUGACUUUUCUUUUAGUAGUAAGUAAGCAAACUUAAUUUGGCUGCUGACAUAUGCAAAAACAUAUUUGGUCAUUUCUUAUUGUAUUGUUUUGUCAAUUAUGAGGGACAAGCGAUAGAAAAUUAAGUAUGCAUCUAUUUAUUCAUUUACCAUUAAUAUUGACUUUUUCUGUUUUAACAUGCUCUAUCUACACAUCUGUUCAAAUGUAAUAUGCACGUAUUCUUCUGUUGUUUGGAUACUUUACAUAAGUUUUGCAUUAUACCACAAAUUUGGGUAUCAAUCCGAUACCAAGUAGUUACAUGGUCAUAUGUUGGCCAUAUUCAGAGUCGACGUGUAUCCAGGGAAGUUUUUCCUGAGUUUACAUACAUAAUAACAACAUUUUUAAGAGAAAAAAACACUUUGUGGUGAUAAAAAAAGAGAUGUAAUCAUUGUUGUAUCAAUUGGAUACGGCAUUUGUACUUUACAUCGUUACAAUCAAUAUCUGUAUAGACCAACCUCUUUGUUUACAAUCAGGAGCACUAGCUUGCUGUUAGCAGUGAGCGAUUGUAUCCUCCCACAGCAGGGAUGUCGAACAUGCGGCCCGGGGGCCAGAUCACUGGGUCCAUUGGAUGCCGCAAAAGCAAUUAGUUAUAUAGUUAAUACCAUGGCGAGCAAUUAUACCAAGCAAGAGUUACACGGUGAAGCGGGGCUGUGACUUCUCCCCCUCGACCCAACGAAAAAAAAACUGGAGUAAAAUAAACAAUUGGUAAGCCCACUUAGAAUGCCGCAUGAGACACUGCACCUUGAUAUGGUUAUGUGAAAAUGACUGUCUUAUGUGCAUAGUUAAAGAAAUUGUGUGAUUUACUGCAAUACUGUCAGUCUAUUAAGUUUUUAUGUCUGGUUUGUUGAAAUUGUGAACACAUAGCACAGCUUUUAUUUUUCUAUCGAUACACAGUGAUGCCUCGAAGGCAGGGAGGAACUCAACCUUCUUCAAUAGUAUCUACCUCAGUUUGUGUGGUUUGUCGAAUUUAGCCCAGGAUUAAUAUGUGGAUUUUAUUUAUGUGAUAUUUAGUUUUUUUGUUUAAUCCUAAAUGGGUUCAUCGUGUUUUAGAAACUACACCAAUUUUUUCCUCAGAAUUUUCAACUAAUUUGAAGAUGUUUUGUCAAGAGGAUUAUUUGUGAUAUGUACAUUUUCAGAAUGUGCUUGUCCUAUUUUGGUCCGAAGUAAAAUAAAGAAAACAAUCUGAA